AUGGGCGUCAUCGGCAUCACCCUCAUUGUUGCAUCGCUUGCUUUCUUCGUCAUGUACCCAUCGACAUGGCGUGCCUUGGCGCAACCGCUCAUGCAAUGGCUGCAGUCCGAUGCUGCCGACGAGGCGCCGGCGUCUGUGUCGUCGUUCGCAACGGACAUGGCCAAUCAGGAAAAGGCCGUGACACAGGACGGCCGAGAGACAACGGUCUCGUCCGUGGCCUCGUCCAAGACGCAGAAAGAUCAUGACAGCGUGUCCAUGCCUCCACCGCCACCGCCGCCGCCAACAAUACGAACGCCUGGCAAGCAGGACGAGGAAGACGAAGAGGAGGAGGCGACAACGCCCAAGGCAGUCCCCGCGAUCGUACAGAACGGCAGCGCGAUCCCGACAUUUUCUCUGUCAGGAGACGACGAUGACGAAGAAGAAGACGACAACGACGACUCGGACAACAUGCCGCCGCCCAUGUUCCCGUCACCCUAUUCGGCCCAGCGCGCCGGCGCAUCUGCCGAUCCUUCUAGGCUGGCGAAGGCGACGGCGGCGCCUCCAGCCUCGACUGCGUCCACUCCCUCAAGCUUGGGCCUCAUGGCACCCCCGCCCCGGCCGGCCGUCAGCCGCGGCGCUGCUGCUCUGGCGCCUGUCAAUGUAGUCCGCCGCCCGGCCAACCUCCCGAUACCCAACCGUGGCCCCCCGGCGUCGUCGCUUCGGGCACCUGCCACAGCGUCCUCCUCCUUCUCCUCCACCUCGUCGCUGGCGCCCCCGCCGUCCAGCACCACCAAACCCAAAAAACCCUCCCGCAAGGUCGUCUUGGCGCCCGGCCACAGCCCCCUCGACUGGGCCCGCGUCGCCGCAGACCCCGUCGGCAACCGCCUGCGCGGCAGCCUGCCCGCCGACGCGCCGUACCUGCUGCGGGUGACGCCCAGCCAGCUCAAGCAGAUGAACGGGCGCAAGGGCCGGGACGCGUGGACGGCGCUGGGCGGCAUGGUGUACAACAUUUCGCCGUACCUGCCGUUCCACCCGGGCGGCGCGGGCGAGCUGCUGCGGUGCGCGGGCAAGGACGGCAACCAGCUGUUCAACGACAUCCACUCGUGGGUCAACUACGACAACAUGCUGUCGGCGUGCCGCAUCGGCGUGAUGGUGGAGGAGCACGCGGCGACGACGAGUCCCAUGGAGGAGAUGGAUUAA